AUGCCCACUGGUUUCAGAAAGCUCACUAUGCUUGCGGUUGUUCAAAUAAAGGAAAACCCUGCAACCCCUGAGGAACCUGAUACAACUCCAACACAGACACCUCUUUCCAAUGUUGCUCCUGCUGCAGCUACUAGCGCCACAGUUUCCAAUUCAGAGGCCUACCAUCCAUUAACCUUCUUCUUGCAUGACAUUAUUGGUGGAUCAAACCCCUCAGCCAGAGCAGUCACUGGGAUUGUGACCAAUCCAGCAGUCAAUGGUGAAGUCCCCUUUGCCAAACCCAAUGGAGCAGUUGUCCCAAUUGGGAAUGGCAUUCCUCAGAACAACAACAACAAUGGAAUUAUCAACAACAACAAUGUCCCCUUCUUCACUGGCCUUGGUGGAAACACAGCUAGCAACUUGAUCCAAAACAAUGGGAACCACAACAACAUCAUCAGCGGCAACGGGCUCCCAUACCUAAAUGGGGCUCAGCUCCCUCCAGGCAUAACCCUUCAAAAGCUCAUGUUUGGGACACUCACAGUGUUUGAUGAUGAGCUGACUGAAGGGCAUGAGCUUGGCUCUGGCUUGCUUGGCAAGGCACAAGGGUUCUAUGUGGCAACUUCUGAAGAUGGCAGCAGCCAGACCAUUGCUUUCACUGCCAUGUUUCAGAGUGGUGGUUAUGCUGACAGCCUCACCUUCUUCGGUGUGCAUCGCGUGGCGGCAUCAGAGUCUCAUCUUGCAGUCAUGGGAGGCACCGGAAAGUAUCUCAAUGCAAAGGGCUAUGCUCUGGUCAAGGCCAUUCCUGCUACAAAUCAGCAUAAUACCGGAGUUGACACUGUGCUGCAGUUUACUGUGUGUCUUACUUACUAGUGUGUGCUGAUAUUUUAAAAGAAGUUGUUAUGUGUUUGCUAAAUUUAAUCUCUGCACCAGAGAUGUAUGUGAUCAGGAAGGAUUUGUGAUUUUUAAUUGCACAAAUGAUUGUAUUUA